UCUAAAGGCGGGGGUGGUUUUUCGCUAAUGUUUUCUUUUGUUGUUGCAGCGGUUUAAAGGAAAUAUUUUCCAGCUGAAAAUUAAACCAAUCAACUAAUUAAAUUAAGUUAAAGCAAAAAUAAUACAUUACAAAGCAUGAUAUAGCAGAGGAGCAGCGAUAGAAUAACACUUGGAAGUACAAAUAAGAGCAGUUGCAAAGAUGUCUCCAAAUUCUGUGUGGACCUUCUGCCUCCUUAGUGCUCUGUUCGUGACCUUCGGCUCCACGGCGAUUUCCUCGAGGGUUCUGGAACUCAGCGACCGCUUCAUCGACGUGAGACACGAGGGGCAGUGGCUUGUUCUAUUCUAUGCCCCAUGGUGCGGCUACUGCAAGAAAACAGAGCCCAUCUUCGCCCUGGUGGCCCAGGCACUUCAUGCCACCAAUGUGCGAGUGGGUCGCCUGGAUUGCACAAAGUACCCGGCGGCAGCAAAAGAGUUCAAGGUUCGUGGCUACCCCACCAUCAUGUUCAUCAAGGGCAACAUGGAGUUCGUCUACAACGGAGAUCGUGGCCGUGAUGAGCUGGUGGACUAUGCCUUGAGGAUGUCUGGUCCUCCAGUUCAGCUGGUCACUCGAACCGAAAGUGUGGACAUGCUGAAGGGCUCCCAUACGAUCUUCUUUAUCUUCGUGGGUCAGCAGGAGGGCGUGGUGUGGGACACAUACUAUGCUGCCGCCGAGGGCUACCAGGAGCAUGGAUUCUUCUACGCCACCAGCGAGGAUAUCGCUGCCCAGCACUUUGACUUUGAGAAGCUGCCAGCGGUUAUAGUCUACAAGGAGGAGCAGCAUCACUUCUAUCCGCACGGUCACUUGGCCCACGAAAUGGACCCCAACGAAGUGAACGAGACCGUUUUCCAGUGGGUCAACGUGGAGAGGUUCACGCUCUUCCCGAAGGUCACGCGAUUUAACAUCCAUCAGCUGCUCAAGACGAACAAGUAUCUGGUUCUGGCUGUGGUGCAGGAGGAUAAGCUCAAUCAGAUAGCCACCCAUGAGCUGGAGUUCCGGGACAUGGUCGAGGGCGUGAUAAGGAAGCACAGGGCGCGAUAUCACGACAAGUUUCAAUUUGGAUGGAUUGGUGAACCAUCCAUCGCACAUUCCAUCAUUCUGGAUCAACUGCCCACGCCGCAUUUGAUAGCGAUUAACUCGAGCACCCAGCACCACUUCAUUCCCGACGAUGAUCCCAUGCAGAUGACCCCGCAGGCACUGCACCUGUUCCUGGAAUCCAUCAGGAAUGAGAGUGCUAUCGCCUAUGGAGGAGACACGUAUUUCGUGCGUUUGAAUCGCGCGCUUUUCGAGGUUCGAAGAGCUCUGCGGGAUAUGUGGCUGGGAAAUCCCGUGCUGACCACUGUCAUUUUCGGCCUGCCGCUGGGAUUCCUCUCGCUCAUUAUGUAUUCCAUUUUCUGUGGCGAUUGCUUGGUCACCGAAGAGGAUUCAGAUGAAGAUCACGAAAAGAAGGAGUAAGAGGAUGAGACGGAAUUCCUGAUAAAGAAAGUAAGAAAGAUGAUCUCGAAGUGAAUUUCCGAGGAGGAACCAAAAACCAUUUUUGCAAACCAAAAGGAGUACGAAAUUAAGAAAAUCUCACGUGAGGAGUCGUAGCAGGUCCCGCUCCCAUCCCCUAGAUCAACUUUUCUACCGCAUCUAAAUGUAAGCCAAAUCUAGUCCUAUGUCCGCUGGGCGAGAACUUCCAAACCGCUUAAGGAUCCGCCAUUUGACACAAAGAAAUCCAUGCGCAUUCGUGCGUCUGAGUCUCUUUUUUUUAUCGUUUUAAGUUAGUAAAAGUAAUAAACAUGAUUUAGCGGAUGCGAA